CACAUGUAUAUAUGACGCGUGCGACCCGCUGGCAUUGUUUCUUUUAUCUUAUCAAUCAGUCUUAUCAAUCAGUCUCUCCGCAAUAACGGCAGGAAGCACCUUUUCCUCCAAGUUCUCAGCAGUAUGCCUUUCCUUGAGAGAAUUCUUGGGCAGAAAGACACGACGGCCCAAAAUACAGACCAUCCUAAUGAGACUGCUCAGACGUCGAACCCGCCCGGUAAGAACGGGGUCCUAUCUUCCGGAACCUCAGCCGAUAGCUUGGACCUCAUAGACAAGAACGAGAAUGAGGUUAUUCAGAAUGGCGCUCAUGUCACGCCUGAAGCCCAGCUUGGGAUCCAAAAGGCUGAAGCAGCAGCGUUGGUGUGGUCGAAGAAGACUGUUUACAUCACUUAUGCUUGGAUCUGGGUCUGCUUCUUCAUGCUGGCCUUCCAACAGUCCAUUCUCAACAAUGUCACCUACUACGCCUACUCGGACUUCCAACAAGCCCCUCAGAUCGCCACCGCCCAGAUACUGUCCUCCGUCAUUGGCGGUGUCCUCAAAUUGCCCAUUGCGAAGGUUCUUAACCUCUGGGGUAGAGCUGAGGGCUUCGUCAUCUUUGUCACUGUCUACCUCUUGGGCAUGAUCAUAAUUGCCUCUUGCAAUGGCCCUGACAGUUACGCCGCGGGCUAUGUACUAUACUAUAUCGGCUACAGUGCUGUCUACUUCAUCAUGGACGUUUUCAUUGCUGAUACGUCAGGCCUACGCAACCGUGCCUUUGCCUUCGCCUUUGUCAGCACGCCUUUUAUCUGCACAGCUUUCACCGGACCUCUUGCGGCUCAGUCAUUCAUUACUAUGGCGUCUUGGCGCUGGGCGGUUGGCUCCUUUUGUAUCAUCAUGGCUUUUGUCCUAUUCCCACUGGCUAUUGUCUUCAAGUUCUUCCAGAUGAAGGCGGAGAAGAUGGGUCUGUUUGUCAAAGCCCGAAGCGGUCGCACCUUGACUCAAUCCAUCUUUCAUUACUUCCAUGAAUUCGACAUAAUUGGUGCAUUUCUUCUGAUGUCAGCUUUUGUACUCUUCCUUCUGCCUUUCAGCCUUGCCAGCAAUGGCCGUGCUGGUUAUUCGUCGGCAAGCUUUAUCGCCAUGCUCAUCAUUGGCUUCUGUUUAUUUUUUGUCUUUGCCGCCUGGGAGAAGUAUGGUGCCCGAAGAUACUUCAUUCGUUGGGAGCUCUUGGCGAACCGAACUGUCCUCGGAGCUUGCCUGCUUGCCGCUAUCCUCUACUUCAGUUUCUACUCUUGGGAUCAGUACUUCUACUACUAUGUCCAGGUUGUCUAUAACCUCAACAUUUCCAACACAGGGUACAUGACCCAGAUCUACAACAUUGGUUCCUGCUUCUGGGGUGUCGUAUUCGGAGUAUACAUCCGCUAUACCAAGCACUUCAAGUACGCCUGUCUCUUCUUUGGCCUCCCACUCAUGUUUCUGGGCGCUGGUCUUAUGAUUCACUUUCGUGGUCAAGAUGACGAUAUUGGCUACAUCAUCAUGUGCCAAAUCUUUAUCGCCAUCUCCGGCGGUACUCUUGUUAUCGGCGAGGAUAUGGCUGUUAUGGCUUCGGCUGAUCGCGACGGCGUGCCCAUGAUGCUGGCUAUGCUCAACUUGUUUGCCAGUCUUGGAGGAGCCGUUGGCUUUGCUGUCGCCAAUGCCAUCUACACCAACACAUUCCCUGUCGCUCUCCAAGAUAGCCUUCCACAAGAAACACUUGCCAACUGGACCACAAUCUACCUUGGCGGAGCACAAACUCAGUUGCUGUAUCCUCCCGGUAGUGCCACGCGCGACGCCAUCAACUACUCAUGGGGUUACAGCCAGAAGUACAACUGUAUUUCUGCUACUGCCAUCCUCGUCUUGGCCAUUCCUUGUAUUGCCGUGUGGAAGAACUACAAUGUGGACAAGGCCCAAAACAAGGGAACCUUGAUUUAAUCAUCACAAUCUGGAUCAAGGCCGUAUGGAGAUAAUACCUAUCCCGAUACCUAUCUGUAGGAUUUGAUCCGCCUGGAGUUUCUGACGGCAAGGAUGUCGAGUGCCUACCACUUGUAAGCAAUUGUAGAUAGGUUUUAACAGAUAGUUUUAAUGCAG